CCCAUCCGCUUCAUUUCUCCCACGCUCUGAAAUUUGAAAUCGCAGACGAGGCGAGACGAAGACGAAGAGGAAGAGCAAGAGCUAGGGUUAGGAGGAGGCGAUUUGCUCCGCCCGCAGAUCGGGGGCGCCACCUCGUCUCGCCCCCGAUCUCGCACCGCCCGCCGCCUCCACCUCUGCCGCGCCGAAUCUCUCAGUUGGAGCCGCCGCCGCCGCCGCCGUGGGCCGGUGGUCGGUGCGCCGCAAAUCGCGCCGCUGCCGUGGCCGUCGGGCUCCCACCCGCAGAUCCAGCAUCCAGGAAUCGUGCGGCUGGGGACGGCGCUCCGCGGGACCAGGGCGGCCAGGGUCGCCGUCGCCAGGGCGAUUGCCUAUGAUCGCUUAUUCCUUGAAGCAACUCCCUGAAGGCCUUACUCAGGCUUGACCGUAUAAUGAUUUUUAUAUCCCUUAGAGGUUUCUAUUGCAAAGUGAGGAUUGAAUGUCUUCAGUCAUGAUGACAAGCGACAACGGAAAGGCUCCAGAGAAGGGUGGAGAAGCUUCUGGACCUUCAUCAGCUCCCCAAGAAGGUGAAAUCAGCAAUGAACCACAAAGGCGCCGGCCGCUCAGUGGGAGGACCACUGGUCCAACACGGCGUUCCACGAAAGGAAAUUGGACCCCUGAAGAGGAUUCCAUAUUGUCCAGAGCUGUUCAGACAUAUAAAGGGAAGAAUUGGAAAAAAAUAGCGGAAUGUUUUCCGGAUAGAACCGAUGUACAAUGCUUGCACAGGUGGCAAAAGGUUCUAAACCCUGAAUUGGUCAAAGGGCCAUGGUCCAAAGAAGAAGAUGACAUCAUUGUUCAGAUGGUAAACAAACUUGGACCAAAGAAAUGGUCAACCAUUGCUCAAGCUUUGCCUGGACGUAUAGGAAAGCAAUGUCGGGAACGGUGGCACAACCAUCUUAACCCUGGCAUAAACAAGGAGGCAUGGACACAAGAAGAGGAAAUUACCCUCAUACAUGCUCAUCGAAUGUAUGGAAAUAAAUGGGCUGAGCUGACAAAAUUUUUACCAGGAAGGACGGACAAUGCAAUUAAAAAUCACUGGAACAGUUCAGUAAAGAAGAAAGUCGACUCAUACAUGUCAUCAGGUUUACUUACCCAAGUCUCGUGUCUCCCUCUAAAUGAAUACUCUGCACACUGUAAUUCCUCACCUGCGUUGACCCAACAAAACAGCGAAGACAGUGGUAGCUAUGCUGUUCGAGAGGUUGAAAAUUCAUCAGUGUGUAGUCAAUCAUCACUUGCCAAGGUUUCUUGCUCCCAAGUGCACAAUGCUAAUGUGGCAUUGGGCUGUGAUUUGCAAGUAAAUGCGAAUGUUGACAAUAAUGAAGCGCAUGAUUCUCAAUCUUCUGUGGGUCACGAAGCAUGCUAUACUUCUGUGGGGGCUGUUGCAACUGCUAUACCUGAGGUGCACUACCACGUUUCUUCCUCUAACUUCGAUCCAGAUCAACACUUGCAAGAGGAGUUUGCUCAAGGAUUGAAUUUGCAUAUGAGUAUGGAUGAAGUGCCAAGUAAUUCUAGUUUUGCAGACAACCCAACUAUCUGUAGUAUAGAAAAUCAUGAAAGGUCAUUGGAACCAUAUGAUGUAGCAAUGGAGAUGCCUCUCUCUAUGUUACCAAGUGAUUCUGGAGCUGAGCAAAAACUACAUUUUAUGUCGGAGGCUGACUUCAAUAGUCCUAAUUGUCUGAAAUCUGAACUUUGGCAGGAUAUUUCCUUGCAAAGCCUUCUUUCUGGACCUGAUGCAGUUGAAACUGAUUCUUUUUCAAGAUCAAAUCAUCAAUCGGAUGUAUAUUCCUCUCAAGCAGAUAAUGAAUUUUUAGCACCACCCUACCUAUUACAGACAUCAAAUUCUUCCAGUGUGAUGGAGGCUACUUAUGGACAGAGUCCACAGAUGUCAGUACCACCAUCUCUUAUCUGUUCAAAUGUUAUGACUGAUGUACCUUCUGAUAAUAGAUCAGAACCAAAAGAAAUGACAGUUUCUCAGGCAGAAAUGGUCACACAAUCUUCCAGUUCUUCAGGUGACGCUGAAAUGUCUGCUAACCCUGGUAGUAGUAAUGGCAGUGAUAUUCCUUCAAUGAUGGAAAGGAUACCUGAAUGUGCGGACCAACAUGUUACUAAUGCGGAAGAACCUGAAGCCAGUAUAGAGAAAGAACCAUCGGUUACACCGAGUGCUACAGCAGAUGAAAAGCAGGAUGAGGGAGCCCUAUUCUAUGAACCUCCUCGUUUUCCAAGCAUGGAUGUUCCAUUUGUCAGUUGCGACCUUGUAACUUCUGGUGAUCUCCAAGAGUAUAGUCCCCUUGGUAUUCGGCAGUUAAUGCGGUCGACCAUGAAUGUCUGCACUCCAAUGAGAUUGUGGGGCUCCCCUACACAUGAUGAAAGCCCUGACAUUUUGCUGAAGAGUGCUGCCAAAAGCUUCAUAUGCACACCAUCAAUACUAAAGAAACGUCACAGAGACCUCGUGUCUCCUAUUCCGGAUAAAAGAAUCGAGAAGAAAUCUGGGACUGAAAAGGAUUGUGGGGUAUCAGACACAUCCUCCAUCGGCAUUCAAACAUGUUUUAUUAAUGCCACUAAAGAUGAUGCUGUUAUAACUAAAUCAGUUUUGCGUAUUGAGCGAUCUGCUUCUUCUAAACCUCUGGAAAAGAAACUUGAGUUCUCUGAUGAGAACAAGGAAAAUUUGGACAACACAAUUGAACAGGCAAAAGAUGGACAGAGUGCAGGAAAUUACAAACACAUUGACGAGCAGGCAAGGGGGGAACGGCGUACUGCAACAAAUAUAACUACUACUUAUGAUGAUCUGCCAGGCAAUUUACAACCUGCAGGUAUUCUUAUUGAGCACAACGGUGAUGAUCUUGUUUCCCCAGAUUAUGGUAAAAACACCAUGAAGAAGCAAAACACAAAUAUGGAAUCUUUGUCAGUCUGUAAGGAGGGAGUGUCUGCUAAAAAGCCUGCGGAACUUAUUGUGGAGAAAUCUUCAGCAUGCAUAAAUGUGGAUUAUGAAUAUGUGAACAUAUUGGCUGAUACCCCAGGCAUCAAAAGAGGACUAGAAUCUCCUUCAGCAUGGAAGUCCCCUUGGUUUGUAGAUAUGCAAUUUCAGGGUUCAUACUUCGUCAGCCCAGCUAAUGGAAGUUACGAUGCGCUAGGAUUGGUGAAGCAGAUAAAUGUGCAGACUGCUGCUGCUUUGGCAGAAGCCCGUGAGGUGCUGGCAAGUGGUGGCCAAUCUGAGAACAUAAAUUCUGAUAAGGAAAACCUGGAGAAUCCAGAUGCCAAGAAGGAACCAGGAGCAACAACCAAAUUGCAAGCAAAAAUCAAGACCGAGGGGAAAAUCCUGGAUUUCAACGAAUGUGCCACACCUAUAAGAUCAUCAGAUAAAAAAGCUGGCAGCAGUCUGGGAAGAUCUUUGAGCUCCCCUAUUCCUUCGUCCCAUCUCCUGAAAAGUUUUCGAUAGGUAGAUAUAUGAGGAAUACACCUCAGGUUAGCUGUAACAAUCAUUAUGUGAAACUGUGAAUCUUGUUCAUUACCGUAUUCUUUGUGAUUAUUACCGUAAAGAAAGCUGCUUCUUGUGACUGCUAUCGCCAGCUUACAAUUUCAGCCCAGAAGCUAGCUUCCAAAAGGCAGCAGAAUACUUGGGCUGUUGAAGCUGUAGUAUUUAAAUUUAGAAAUUUUAAUUUAUUCCUGUUCAAUAUUAUUUGACAUUCCAGGCCUCUUUGUGGAUUUGAUUCAAAAUAUCAUUUUGCAAGCCCUUUGCAAAUUGGAACUACAUGGGGCAACCUUAGUGUUGCUUGCUGCAGGUCUUUCACCAGGUAGAUAACAGUUGGCUCUCGAGUGAGUCUACUACUCUAUACUUUGAAUGGCUAGAAUUCAGUCUGGUGUCAUGCAAAGCUUAAAUUUUAUACAAAUAUUUACGCAUGUAAAUUUUUCAGUAGAAAAAAAUAUUAUCUGCAGGUCCACUAAAUGGAUUAGCCCUCUGAAUGCUUAGAACUUUGGACUGGUUAGUUGAAAACAUGAAAAUUCAUAGCUACAAGAAAGGAAUAAGUCUACUUUA